AUGAACGCAACUCUCUCGAGAGGGCUCUUGCUCGGCUCACUGUUGGGGACGUUGGUGUCUGCAGCCACAGGCGGAUCCGGCACCUGCUCUUCAACAUCAGAGUGUGUCAGCGGUUGUUGUAGCUCCAGUGGCUAUUGCGGCUUCGGCCCAGACUUCUGCGGCGAUGAUGUGUGUAUAUCGACUUGUGACGCGUUAGCGGAGUGUGGGCCAUAUGCUGAGGUCGCCAACACUACUUGCCCGUUGAAUGUCUGCUGCUCGCCUUAUGGGUUCUGUGGAACGACAGAAGACUUCUGUGGUACCGGUUGCCAAAGCAAUUGUGAUGCAGUUACUGAGCCAUCUUGCUCCGGCACCUCCAGCGAAGCGGUUUACAUAGGGUACUAUGAGGCUUGGAAUUAUCAACAUCCCUGUGAUGUAAUUCACCCUUCGGAUAUCGAUGUUGCACCUUGGACGCAUCUCUACUACGCCUUUGCUGGAAUUAACAGUGAGACUUCCGAGAUUGAGACUUUAUACGCCAACGACGAGGAAUAUAUCCCCGAGUUUACGGCCCUGAAGAAGAAGAAGUCGGAAUUAAAAACUUUCAUCUCGGUUGGAGGCUGGGACCUAGGAGGAGAAGUCUUUUCCUCGAUGGUAAGCUUCCCUGGCACACGUUCGGCCUUUAUUACUUCGGCGAGUAGCUUUAUGAAGAAGUACGGUUUCGACGGGAUCGACAUUGACUGGGAAUAUCCAGCCGCCAGUGAUCGUGGAGGCAAAACUGCGGACACGGCGAAUUAUGUUUCUUUCCUCAAGGAGCUUAGGGAGGAGUGUGGUGAUACGUAUGGGAUUACAGUCACCUUGCCAUCCUCCUACUGGUACCUCAAGGGCUUCGAUAUCUCGUCAAUGGCAGAAUACGUGGACUACUUCAACUUCAUGUCGUAUGAUAUUCACGGGACAUGGGAUGGAGAGAGUAACUAUACGUCCUCGGUGGUCAAUCCGCAUACUAAUCUUACGGAAAUAAGCGAGGGCCUAGACCUGCUGUGGCGCAACAACAUUGACCCCGGUAAAGUACUUCUUGGUCUCGGAUUUUAUGGCCGUUCUUUCACCUUGCUCGAGACCAACUGCACCACUCCAGGAUGUCCCUUUGAUACAUCUGCCUUUACUGCCGGUGGAGCUUCCCCUGGUCAGUGCACGCAGACCAGUGGAAUUCUAUCGGAUUAUGAGAUCAACCGCGUUUUGGAAGAGUAUGACCCUAUAAUCCAGUAUAAUGAAGCCGCUGCAGUGAACUGGAUUACCUGGAACGAAAACCAAUGGGUUUCUUUCGACAAUGCCAAGACAUUUAAGCAAAAGGCUGAUUUCGCCAAUGACCUCUGCCUUGGGGGCCUUUUCAGUUGGGCACUUGACCUCGGAGGGCCGGGAUCGUUAGCGAACCCUAACGAAAUGAAUGCUCUGGACACAUCUAUGGCUGGAGCGAGCACUGAGGGUGGGAGCGAUGGCACAGGGGACUUCUAUGUGGGUCAAGAGAUCUAUAACUCGGAUAAUGGUACCGUCACAGGGAUUGGUCCUAUCAAUAUGAUCUUCCCUCCUAGUACCUUGGGAUCGCCGACUACUAUUUACCCGGGACCUUUUAUCACUCCGCUAGAAGUGGCCUGGCCAACCACUACCACCAUUACGACCAACAAUACUGUCUAUAUAACUACUACAGUCACUCGGGUGGUCCAGACUACCACAAUUACGCUAAAUCCGAUUAUUACUGGGACCGUGCAAUGGUGGAACUGGAACAUUACCGCGUCGAAUCAGACCACUGGUACAACAACUCUGUUUCCUAGCAUUGGCAUUGGCCCUAUAGUGAUUCAAGAUAACCCUAACCCGCUGGGUAUGGGCACCGCCUCGCACACGGUUACCUCCAACCGAACUAUCGUCGUGCCCCCUUGGCCUUGGUCGACCACCUCCCUCCCCACGACUGUUCCUACAGGGCCGAUCAUCCACUUUACUGAAGGAUCCCCACCCAGUCCGACGUGUACGGCUAACUGCGGAAAUAAAUGCACUACCUUUUGUGAAGCUCCCUGUAUGAUUAACUGCAACUCUGGAUACGGGGGCGACUCCACGGGGUUCGAUGACCCGUCUGACCCAGACCCGCCGCACCAUCAGAAGUGCGCUGGCCCAGACUGCAAGAAUGGAGAAUGUACAGGAUCCCUGUGCGCCGAGUUUGGCUGUUCUGGAAGCAACUGUGAUAGCGAUAGCGGUAUAUGUCUGGGCUCGGACUGCGAGGAGACGGGCUGCAUGGGCGACGAUUGCGGCCAGGGCAUCUGUAAGGGGUCAUCGUGCCAGACGGUGGGCUGCAUCGGUAGCGAUUGCAGCAGUGGCAGUGGUACCUGUUUUGGAAUUGACUGUCUUUCUAUCGGCUGCCUAGGCGCGCUGUGCAACACCAGCGAUGGGACGUGCAGCGGCUCCGACUGCCAUAAGGUCUCCUGCUCCGGCACCAACUGCAAGAAUGGGGUGUGCUCGGGCGAGGGCUGCACGAACGAAGAGACCGACUGCGAGAGUGAGGAGGCGGAUAUGUGCACUGAAUUUGUAUACAGCACCUUGGAUACCGCUGUCUCGACCUACACCACGGAGACGAGUAUUUCGUGCAACACCAUUACUGCCUGCUAUGCUGAGGCAACAACCACAACUACCACCAUAUCGAACACCGAGAGUGCCGCCACCCCCUUCAUGGCCUGGGCUGCCGAAACCGAUACUGCUGUUAUGGCAUCAGCCGCCAGCAAGAUCGACGCAGCCUUCCGCGCCGCUGAGUCGUCCUGGACAUCGACCUCGACCUCGACGACAUCAUCGACUUCCACUUCCACCACUACCUCAACCACGUCGACGACGACAGGACCUGCAGCAACGUCUUUGGCCGAUACGACUCCAAACGAGGUCAGCUACAGCUGUUCUGGCAUGUCCAAGAGAUGCGGUACAUUCGAAAACCUCGCCUCCUUCUGCAAGGUGGCCAAAUCGUACCUUCGAGGCGAUGAGAUCUAUGGCACGACCUCGGCGAACUCCAACUCCGGUGCCUGCUAUACUGACGACAUGAAUGCGGGCUUCGGGUGCGGCGUCUUCGUCAAGGGCGAAGGAUGCCAAUUGAAGGGCACGGCAAUGCAAGCUGCAUUCGACCACCUUAUGGACGCCGACCUCGGCGGUUGCAAAAUCUGCGGACAAGUUCUCUUCUCCAACGGCUGCCACAUGCGCGUGGACUAUGUCAGCGGCUGUACGCAAGACAACAACGGGCCAGCACAAUUUGUAACUUUCAAUCCGGACGACAGUGAUGAUGAUGAUACAACCUCGGCGACGGCGGCCGUGUCCACCAGCCCUGCAAUUCUGACUGUUUCCUCGCCACUCUUGACCCGCAGCCCCUCGGCAAUUCCCUGGGUCUCGGUCAAUAACAAUAAUGCAACCAUGAGUGUAUAG